GUAUUUGAAUCCUGGAACUCGGCGACUUCACGAAGAUUUCCAGCGGUGCGGGCUCGGAGGCAGUCCUAACGGCGCCGGGGAAGCUAGUGCUCUCUGUUUCCAGUCCGCGUCUCUCCCUGGGCCGGGCUGCCACUCUUGCCUGUCCCGUCCCUCAUGGCGCUGCUCCGACGCCCGACGGUGUCCACUGAUUUGGAGAAUACUGACACGGGAGUUAAUUCUAAACCUAAAAGCCAUGUGACUAUCAGGCGGGCAGUUUUAGAAGAAAUUGGAAAUCGAGUUACAAUCAGAGCCACACAAGUAACUAAGAAAGCUCAGAACACUAAAGUACCUGUUCCACCCACCAAAACAACAAAUGUCAACAAGCACCUGAAACCUACUGCUUCUGUGAAACCAGUGCAGAUGGAAGUGUUGGCUCCAAAGGGUCCCUCUCCCACACCUGUGGAUAUCUCCAUGAAGGAAGAGAACCUCUGCCAAGCUUUCUCUGAUGCCUUGCUCUGCAAAAUUGAGGAUAUUGAUACUGAAGACUGGGAGAACCCUCAGCUCUGCAGCGACUAUGUUAAGGAUAUCUAUCAGUAUCUAAGGCAGCUUGAGGUUCUACAAUCCAUAAAUCCACAUUUUUUAGAUGGAAGAGAUAUAAACGGACGCAUGCGUGCCAUCCUGGUGGAUUGGCUGGUGCAAGUCCACUCCAAGUUUAGGCUGCUGCAGGAAACUCUGUACAUGUGCGUCGCCAUCAUGGACCGAUUUUUACAGGUUCAGCCAGUCUCUCGUAAGAAGCUUCAACUGGUUGGGAUUACAGCUCUGCUCUUGGCUUCCAAGUAUGAGGAGAUGUUUUCUCCAAAUAUUGAAGACUUCGUUUACAUCACAGACAAUGCUUACACCAGUUCUCAGAUUCGAGAAAUGGAAACUCUAAUUUUGAAAGAACUGAAAUUUGAGUUGGGUCGACCUUUACCACUACAUUUCUUAAGGCGGGCAUCAAAAGCCGGAGAGGUUGAUGUUGAACAGCACACUUUAGCCAAAUACUUGAUGGAACUGACUCUCAUUGACUACGAUAUGGUGCAUUAUCACCCUUCUAAGGUGGCAGCAGCCGCUUCCUGCCUGUCCCAGAAGGUUCUAGGCCAUGGAAAAUGGAACUUAAAGCAGCAGUAUUACACUGGAUACACAGAGAACGAAGUAUUGGAAGUCAUGCAGCACAUGGCCAAAAAUGUAGUGAAAGUAAAUGAAAAGUUAACGAAAUUCAUCGAACACCUGGCCCACAAGGUUGAUGGCUUCCAGAAGUAACCCUCAUAAUGUGUUUCACUCCAAGGCAUGGUUGAGACCAGGAAUAGCAGUGCUAAGGGGCCACAGCUGGAAAAAGGAAGCAGGCCUGUGACAUCCUGUUAAAGGUGAAACUUGGAAUGCUUUUUCCUGUUGUUCUAAGUACGUUAUGGUUUAUUUUAUUUUUUGAAUGUUAUUUAUUUUUUCAUACAGCAGGUUCUUAUUAGUUAUCCAUUUAAUACAUAUUAGUGUAUAUAUGUCAAUCUCA